CUGAAGAUGCGACCAAAAGCACACAGGAUAACUAGUUAGAAUUUGAACGAGUUGCGGCGGCGGAGAUCGACAAGUCAAACAGGCGCAAUUUCUCAGUCUCUUUAUCUAUUUUUUUUAUAUUUAAAUUCGUGACUAUUGGAUGCUUUUCCUUCAUUAGGACACAUUACACAUUUCCACAUUUGUCGGAGACGAUGGCUCGUCGGAUAGGCCUACUGACACUGCUACUUCUGGGUUUCAUGCAUACAGAAGUGUCAGCCAUCCAGGUGAUUGUGCCGCAGACAGAGAGAAGCACAGCUCUGUUUGCCAAUGUCAUCUUGCGCUGCGACUACUCCACCUCAGCCAGUACACAGGAUGUGUUGGUAACGUGGCGGUUCAAGUCCUUCUGCCAGGAUCCUGUGCUGGAAUACUACUCCACAGCAUACCAGGCAGCGCUCCAGCUCGGCCAGGAUCCGUCCAACGACUGCCCAGAUCGCCAACGCACGGUGCGCACCGUCGCCCAGAAGAGGGGCACGAAUGAGGCCACCCUGGGCGCAGAGUACCGUGAGCGCAAGAUCUCCAUCCAGAACAAGGCUGAUCUGGUCAUUAACGAGGUGAUGUGGUGGGACCAUGGAGUCUACUUCUGCAAUGUGGACGCCACAGGGGACACCACCGGAGACUCGGACAAAGAGAUCAAGCUCAUCGUUUACCACUGGUUGACGGUGCUCUUCAUCGUGCUCGGUGGCGUCCUGCUCAUCAUCCUCCUGGGCGUGUGCUGCUGCCAGUGCUGCCCUCAGCGCUGCUGCUGCUACGUGCGAUGCCCCUGCUGCCCGCGCCAGUGCUGCUGCCCAGAGAAAGCGGUGAUGCAGCAUCGGAUGAUGAAGGAGGCGCAGAAGGCCAUGUCUCCCUGGAUGAACGGCCAGCCGGUCUACGCCCCCAUGACCUCCCAAAGCUCCUACCAGAUGAACCCCAUGCUCUACGCAGGCUCUAACUCUGGGAAGAUGAUGUCCCCCAUGCCUCUCCCGACUCCCCAGCCCCACCCGCCCCACAUGAUGCCUCCCAGCAUGCACGGCAACGGCAGCAUGGCGGCGGAGAGUGCGCGUGGCACCAACCACAUGCUGGACUACCUGGAGAACCAGGUGCACGGCAUGGACGUGACCAGCCCCCUGAUGAUGCAGCCCCAGCCUUCUGUUGCCCCCACCCACCACCAGAUGCCCCCGCCACCCCAGCACAUGCCUAGAAACGUGCCCUUCUCCGCCGGGCCUCCCAGCAUGCUCUCUGCCCUGGACGACGGGCCGAUGAACCGCAGGCCGCCCCCUGGUGGCGAUCACCGGUACCGCGACGAGCGCCCGCGCCCCCCCAUGAGCCGCAGCUACAGCCAGGAGGACGUGCUGAGCGAGCGCGGCCGCAGGAGCAACCCCGGCGACCGGGGGGGCUAUCGCCCCAGGUCCCGUUCCCGUGACGACCUCUUCGCCCCCGGCCCCCAGAGGCAGGACAGGCGCUACUCUCCCCCCCCCGCCGGUCGCCGCGGCUCCUGGAGCUCCGCCGCCGACGAGGACAGCAGGAGGGGAGGAGCCAGAGGAGGACGAGAGGGCCGCUGGGACAAGCCGCCGAGCUACAACGAGUACGAGCCGGACCAGAAGCCCGCCAGGCGCCCGGACCGCUUCUCGGUAAGGGGACAAGAGUUCUCGCACGGGUACCAGUAUAGUGAUCUGAUGUGACCUAUGACCUCCGCUGCACAGCCCAUGGAGCGACGUUACAGACUCUCUGCCGUGUGCAGAUCCAGUCCAACACAUCCUGCUUGUGUGAAGCUUACUGAGCAAGCCAGGAGUGCACAGCUACGGAGUACGGCAUGCUCAGCUAUCUGGAUCUCCCUCUAAUAAUGAGGCACUGUGUUUUUGUUUUGUUUUGUUUUUUUUUUCUUCAUUUGCCCAAUCAGUUUGUUGUUACUGUGCACUUUGUCUUGUAACAUGUUUUAGGACAUGGUUGCCCCUUGAGAAUACCUGUAAAUAACAGUUGAUUUUUUAUUUUAUUUAACAUUUUAAACAUUUUACUCGUAGUACUGUGACCUCAGGUAAUCCAUCUGAUGAUGGUGAUGAAUAUGUUGAUAAAAUGUUUUUUUUUUAUUAUUAUUAUUAUUUUUAAAAUGUAUGAUAAUGUUGACAGAGCUCAGCUUCUCUCAAACUCUUUGGUGAUGGGUUAACUAAUUGCAGUCUUAUCAAUCAUACAGCACCAGACUACACACUCUCAAAUAAAAAGGCAAUCAUGUUGAAUAGGCGUGAUCUCAACACAUCUACUUGAGUGAGCUCACUGAAUGCUCUCAUCAUGUGCUGACUAAACAAACCACACAUAACGGCGAGUUCAAACUCCAUUUUCAAAACAGUUGUAGGUAGAUGUAUUCACUCAUGUGAUUUGUACAUGUGAGUUGGUCUCUCAAAACGUUUUUUGCAUAAAUUCAAAAGCCGCCCAGCUUAUCAUUUUAAAUCAAUUUAGCAUCGGUUACUAGGUCCCCUUGUUUUUUAAUGUAAAUAUCAUUGUACAUUACAUAAAAUGCGUAAUAUCAUGUAUUUGUUUCAUUAUUAUUGCCUUUCACCAAGGCCCUUAGUUUGUAUGUGUGACUUGAGCUAGAGAUCCCAGGAGCUUGGACAUGGUACAGAUAAAGUCAUCUAAUGGUGAAUAUCGACAUUGGCCCUUUGAAAAAAAUACAUAUUGCUCAUCCCCCAACUUGCUGUUGCAGAUCUAUGUGUAUGGCCAAUCCCACAAUUUGUACACAGUGGAUUUUUACAAAAUCCAGGCACAUCUUCCUCUGCGGGCCACUGCGGGUCCAGCUGGGCUUGGCUGCGCUUGGUGGUGCACGAGCUGGCCCGUGUGGAGUGGUCCAGGGGCCCGUGUGGAGUGGUCCAGGGGGCCCGUGUGGAGUGGUCCAGGGGGCCGGGGCUUCGUUGGGAGUUUGUCGCGCCAUCUGAACAAAGCCAUUAAAAACAAAGGGGUCGGUUAACUUCUGUUCGGUCAAAUGCCAUGUGUGUGUCGGUGAGACCUUUUUCUGUCACUGUUUUGAAUAGAAACCAUUUGUAAUGUGUGAUUGUGAUGCCAUGUCCAGUGUGAAUGCCAAGCUGAUCCGUGCCAAUAAACAGAUUUGAAUAAA